UUCACGCCCGACAUCUGGAACCAUAUUUUCAUUUAUAAAGAACAUUAAAAAUGAAUUUCGCGGGUAAAGUUGUGAUAGUAACCGGUGCGAGUUCCGGUAUCGGGGCUGCAACUGCGGUUUUCUUAUCGAGACUCGGGGCGAAGCUGUCCCUCACCGGUAGAAACGUCGAGAACUUACUGAAGGUCAGUCAGAAUUGUGAUAAAGCUGCUGCUACUUUUGUUGUCCCCGCAGAUUUAACCAAAGAAAGUGACAUUGAAAGCAUCGUAAAGCAAACUGUAAAUCACUACGGGCAGCUGGAUGUGCUUGUGAACAAUGCGGGUAUUAUCGAGACCGGCACCAUCGAGAACACGUCUCUAGCGCAAUACGACAAACUUAUGAAUACAAAUGUGCGUUCUAUUUAUUAUCUGACGAUGCUUGCAGUGCCGCACCUGCUCAAGACUAAAGGGAACAUAGUAAACGUGUCCAGCGUGAAUGGAAUACGUUCCUUCCCUGGAGUUCUGGCUUAUAAUGUGUCUAAGGCGGCUGUUGAUCAGUUCACUCGAUGUGUAGCUCUGGAACUAGCACCGAAAGGCGUGAGAGUAAAUUGCGUGAAUCCGGGUGUUAUUCUCACAGAGCUGCAGAAACGCGGUGGUUUGAGUGAUGAGCAAUAUGCUGCGUUCCUGGAGAGGAGUAGGGAGACGCAUGCUUUGGGCAGGCCAGGGAAGCCUGAAGAAGUGGCAGCUGCUAUAGCAUUCCUCGCUAGUGACCUGGCCACCAAUAUCACCGGUGUGAGUCUGCCUGUGGAUGGAGGUCGCCAUGCCAUGUGCCCCCGAUGAAACUUUCACCGCAAUUGCAUUCAGUGCCAAUAUCAACACGAGUGCCUUAUUUUGUUUGUUUCCUAGUUUAUAAGCAUAAUUUGUAGCUUUUGAAGCUUUUAUUUUUCUAAACUGAAUUGGCAUUUAUGUUUUGUUACCUAUACUUAAAUAAGUUUACAUUUUUGAUCCUGUGAAAUUUAUAUUUUAUGAAUUAUAACUACGAAAUACAAAAACCA